AUGCGCGGAUCACACGUGGGCAUGGCCUCGUCACUCUUGAUUCCGCAGCGAACGACGCAGUUCAGUAUCCUCAUUAUGUGGUCCUUCCUCUCUGUUACCAGCCCCACGAGAAUCCACCACACGCCCGAGUUCCCGUUGCAACAGCGCAUCCGAGACGAGCUCGUCCACAGUACCACGACUCACAAGGUCCCUACCGACCCGCAGCAGCAGAAGUUCAACGUCUUCACGUGCGUCGAAGCAGCUGUACACUGCGGCAUGCCCCGAGUCGUUCUCGCAAUGUACAGAUUCAACCCCGCGGACGUCCGACUCGCAACGUGGUACGCACUCUACCGCCUCAAGACCAAGCAGGCUCAGGCGAAGGUCUCACCUGAACUCGUCGCUCUCGCUAGGGCACAGCGUCGCGCUUGGCUCUGGGAUCGGAUCGGGGUCUUGGUACUGCAAAAACGCUCGUGCUCGAGCAAGUAG